AUCCUUAUCCGUCUCUUCAUGACCGCAGUUGGAAAUUGGAAAUUGUGACGAGCAAAGUAAUUCUACCGACCAUAACAUCAGCCCAAGAAACUCAACCAAUCCUUAUUAGUACAGAUUGUUCGGUGAUUCUGAUCCCUCCUCCUCCUCCUCCUCUUUUUCAUUGUUUGCUGUCAUCGUCAUUAAGGUUCAACGUCUGGCUAAAUCAUCAUCAUCAUCAUCACAUUCAUCCUCCUCAUCAAAUCCUCCUCCUCAUCCUCAUCAUCAUUAUCAUCAUCCUCAUCAUCAUCCUCAUCAUCAUCACAUCGUCAUCAUCAUCAUCGUUUGGCUAAAUCAUCUGCGCCGCCAUGAGUUAUCUUGGAAGACGACGAUGAUGGUAGUAGUCGUCGAAAGCAGAGAACUGUAGUACUGACCGUCGGAUGAUCGACUUCGGGUUCAACUUCAGCGCAUCAGCUCGUCCGUCGGAUUGAUAAUCACGGAGCAAUCAUCGAUCGUCAUCAGCAUUCCUGCCCUGCACGAUCGACCUCAGCAGUUCUUUCCUCAACGAGCAAAUGGAUUUCAGUGAGACAUACAAGCAUAGUGGACCCUGUGCAUGGUCGCCGGAUGGGAAACUACUCGCCAUUGCCGUUGAUUAUCGCCUUGUUGUUCGGGAUCUCGACACAUUACAGGUUGUACAGUUAUAUUCAUGCUUGGACAAAAUCAGUCAUAUAGAAUGGGCGCCGGAUUCUAUCUACAUUCUUUGCGGUCUUUUCAAGAGAGCCAUGGUCCAGGUCUGGUCUAUUGAGAAUGCCGAAUGGACCUGCAAGAUCGACGAAGGACCAGCUGGCAUCGUCCACGCACGAUGGAGUCCCGAUGGCCGCCAUAUCCUGACAACCUCCGACUUCCAAUUGCGCGUUACAGUUUGGUCUUUGGUGAACACUGCAUGCGUGUAUGUGCAAUGGCCUAAGCACGCGACACGUGGCUUAUCCUUUAGCCAUGAUGGCAGGUUCAUGGCAGUAGCUGUGCGGCGGGAUUGCAAGGAUUCUAUACACGUCUUGUCUUGCGACACAUGGGAAAUUAUGGAGUCGUUUGCUGUCGACACGUUUGACCUUGCUGAUCUUCAAUGGGCUCCCGAAGAUAGCUGCAUCGCCGUCUGGGAUAGUCUGCUGUACUACAAAGUCCUCGUCUAUGCGCCAGAUGGACGGUGCCUGGCCAAGUACCAGGCAUAUGAGAAUGCUCUAGGUGUGAAAGGAGUCAUGUGGUCCCCCUCGGGACAGUUCUUGGCAAUUGGCAGCUACGACCAAGCCGUCAGAAUUUUGAAUUACCUGACGUGGAAACCGUUGAUGGAGCAUGUUCAUCCGCAAACAAUCCGAGGGCCGUCAACAGUUGUCGUGUACAAGGAAGUGGAGGAGACCAGAGACUUCGAUGCAUCGACUUUGAGCUUGGAUGCUGACUCCCCGGAAGAACUGGGUGAAGGCGCUGUGAACUGCAGGGACAUGAUCGUCCGGGCCCGAUACCAAGUAUGCGAGGUGCCAGUGAAUGUCCCAUGUCAGAAACCGCUACCAGACAAACCGAACCCUAAACAAGGACCCGGAUUGCUCGCGUGGAGCGCAGAUAGUCGGUUCGUAUGCACACGAAACGACAACAUGCCGACUGCGAUGUGGAUUUGGGACGUGUCUCGCCUGGAGUUGGCUGCUGUUCUGCUGCAGAAAGAGCCGAUUCGUGCCGCUGCCUGGGACCCUCUGCAUCCCCGCCUAAUUCUCUGCACGGGCAACUCACGGCUAUACAUGUGGUCUCCAGAAGGCACAUCAUGUGUGCACAUACCUCUCCCAAAGUUCACGGCGACAAAUCUGCGAUGGAAUCCUAAUGGACAGUCCUUUGUCCUGCUAGAUAAAGAUACAUUCUGUUGUGCCUUCGUCCCGCCGCCGUCAGGUUAUGAGGAUCAUCAUCAUGACCAUCAUGACAGUUAAACCACCAGUGCUUUCUAAAGGCGUGCCCCUAAACAAGCCGCGACUUCAGGAGACGUAAGGGCCACUACAGGAGCGCCCAAAGUCAUCCGACUGGAAAUGUUUCUAGUCUAUUUUCUUCUGCGGCCGAUAGCUGGGCCAAGUACUGGUGGUUUAAGAGGUGAUGCGUAACUCAGGUGCUGUAUUAAUUCCAGCAGUGAGCCCGUAGUCAGCAACAUGCAUCAUCCCUCCAUGAUCACGGUGCUUUUGACU